UUUAAAGAAGCUAGGUUGACAUUCGGGUGGGUAGCAUAGCUAAGCAACAAACAUAUUUGCAUUAGGCAUUUAUGUAAAGCCAUUGAAAAAGGUCAUAGUUCAAGGCUGUUCAGGUAGUCAAAGCUCAGCGUAACUCUUUCUUUUAAGCCUGGGAGAGAUUAGUGUUGUACAUUUUCAUUGCACCUGCAAAUAGAGCCAUCAUCACACCAGGAAAGAAAGGGACUGGCAUUGAAGUGAGAGACUGUUCAUGUCUAAGGUUGAAAUAGAAAUGGAGUAUGAUCAAAGCACAUCGAGUCAGAAGGCUCUGCACAGAAGACAGCAAAAUGUUCAUCAAAUGGGUCCCGACGAUGGGGGCAGCAUUGGUUGCUGUGGUUACAUUCUAAUGGGGAUCUCCUACCUUCUCAUUGGCUGUACCUUACCAUUCUCUUUGUGCAUGUGUAUUAAGGUUGUUCAAGAAUAUGAACGAGCUGUCAUUUUCCGACUUGGGCGUCUGUUACCCGGAGGAGCUAAGGGACCAGGUUUGUUCUUCAUCAUCCCAUGUAUUGAUUCUUACAAGAAGGUUGACCUGAGAACCGUGUCCUUUGAUGUACCACCACAAGAGAUUUUGACGAAGGACUCAGUGACAGUGGCCGUGGAUGCCGUGGUUUACUACAGAGUCCAGAAUGCCACCAUUUCCAUCACCAACGUCGAAGACGCUGCUCGUUCAACACGUCUCCUGGCAUCGACUUCGUUGCGUAACGUUCUGGGAACCAAGAACCUCAGCGAGCUGUUGACAGACAGAGAACAUAUCAGCCACACAAUGCAGGUACUGUAUAUGUCUACCUUGCUAGUGACAUUGUCAUUCAAAGAUGUCCGCCUGCCAGUUCAGUUACAGAGAGCCAUGGCGGCUGAAGCAGAGGCAUCAAGAGAGGCCAGAGCCAAGGUUAUUGCAGCAGAGGGAGAACAGAAGGCUGCUCGUGCCUUGAAGGAGGCUGCCGACGUUAUCGCAGAGUCACCAUCAGCCCUCCAGCUGCGCUAUCUUCAGACCCUGAACACAAUCUCGGCCGAGAAAAAUUCGACAAUUAUUUUCCCGCUGCCAAUGGAGAUGAUGAGAGGUUUAUUGCCAGGUUCAACUCAGAGUGCUCAAUUAUAGAAAAAAAUGAGACAUUUUUGUAAUUUGUUAUCUUCAUAAUGUUCUUCUUUUAUGUAUGCCAACACUAGAAACCCUAGAUAGUGCAUUGUAAUGCUAUAUGCAGAUACCUCAUCUUGUUUUGCCAAAUCAUAGACUUUUUUUUUUGGGGGGGGGGGGGAUACAAAAUCAAACUUGUAUGAAUAAGAAUUUUUUUUUUCUAAAGGCACUUGAUGAGGGACCUGAUAUCACCUUGGGCAGCCAUCUGUAUUUUCCAUAAAAGAGCAACUGAUUUUAUCUAGAAUUGGGGGGUGAGGGUGGUCUGAAUUUGUGGCAAAUAAGUGUCAUUUCUAAAAAUAUGUGUACAUUAAUCCAUAUAGAAUAGUUACUUUUUAGAUGUUUUGUAUUAUAUAUUGCAUAAUUGGCUAGUAUAUAUGGUUGCUUUAUACAGGUAAUAUAAUAUUCCAGCAUUGAUAUACAUAUUAACAGUUUGAUAUGAGGGUACAGACGUUUACCAAAAAAGACAUCCGAAAAUUCUUAUGCAUACUAAAUACGUACCUGUUAACAUUUUUGAAUCUGUAUACGAAUGUUUGUACAGAAUAUGUAUUUUUUAGAUGUAAAAUUUGCACCUCUUUCAAACACCUUGUAACCUCUUGUGCCAGCCCCGUAGCUGGAGAGGGGGGGUAAUUUAAACGAACCACCCUUUUUGCUGGGAAAUGGGUCAGCUGUUAGUAAAAUUUGAUAUACUUAGGUACACGAAGGUUACAUGGUUAAAGGUCCACAUUUUUAGAAAAAGUUUCCCCUCCCCACUGGCCACCUUUGAAAUUGCUGGCUACGGGCUUGUGUGCAAUAGUAGUAAUCGUCUUCUUGUCAUUUAUAGGGGUAAAAUAUUUAGGUGAAAGUUAAUUAGUAUCUAGAAUCCUAGACUACUUUGACUGCCACAAAUUUAUUGUAUCAGAUAAUGUGUAAAGUGAAAUCUGAACUUUUUAGAUAAAUUAUUGAUAAAAUGAAUCUUUUUUAUUGUUGUUGUUUUUUGUCAAAUCAAAAUGCAGCCAGAUUCAAACAUUUUGUGCGAGUACAAUA